CGCAUACCUUCUUAGGAUGCAGUGUAGACCUGUCCAUUGGCUGGCAGACACCGGUCGGUUUUCUUUUCGGUUCAAGACGACGCCGAUGUCCGAUGAGACUGAGAGGGUAGAGAGACACGCUCGCGCCAGCUAGUCCUUUUAGUUAUCCGUCCGCAGGUGCGUCAUGAGGAUUCGACGCGGUUUCGCCGAUACGUUUAAGUGAACAUAUACGUAGAGCAGUGCUCAGGAAUAUAGCACGUGCGGUGUCGUGACACGAUGAGGUGAUAAACUGUGUGUUGUGCCAGUGCGCGCGAUCUCGGAAGGGAUUUUGGAAGGUGACGAUGUGGACGAUUUUGCUGUUAUUAAUCUCCACGUGGUCUUCGUCAUGGAGUCAGGUGAUAAACAGGGCGCCCCAUUUCGUUCAAGGUGGGGACAUGGCCAGACUGGCUGUGUCAGAAGGCACACCGCCUGGUGCUCCCGUUUAUACUCUUCAGGGAGAGGAUCCUGAAGAAUCUAAAUUGCAUUACUCGAUCAGCGGCGAGUAUUUUACCGUGAACAGAGAAACCGGUGUCGUGAUCCUGAGGAAAGCCUUGGAUAGGGAAGCGCAAGAUCUCAUCGAAGUCAUUAUUAGUAUAACAGACGAAGGUGUCGCUGGAUCGGAACCUAAUACGGUGUCACUUCGUCGCGAAAUAGCGGUGCUCGACGAAAACGAUAAUCCACCGGUGUAUCAUGACCGUCCGUACGCGGCCAGAGUGCCGGAAAGCGCGCACGUGGGUGGCCUGUUACUUCCUUCGAAUACGAUCAUCAUCACGGAUCGAGACGGCGGUACCAAUGCCGAUGUUCACGUGAAGUGCGUCGCAGCAUCGCGCGACGACGAUGUCUGCGAGGUCUUCAAUGUUUCUACAGAGAAGCUCGCGGAGGGAAAAUACGACGUGCAGAUCACGCUAGCAAAACCGUUAGAUUAUGAGAGGAGGAACUCGUACUUGAUUAAUCUACUGGCUGUCGACGGAGCUAGCGAUCCAUCGAAAAGAUUGCAGGCUAGAGCGACCGUUGCCGUUGACGUUCUCGACGUUCAGGAUCAGCCACCCGUUUUCCUGAAUGCGCCUUAUAGCGCGGCGCUUCCGGAGAACACCCCAGCUAGUCACACGGUUCUGAUAGUGCGAGCUCGCGACGGCGACACGGGUCAAUCUAGGAAUUUGCUGUUGACGUUGGAAGACGACAAUGCGGGUCACUUCAAUCUCGAAAUGUCCCGCGACGGUGAUGUAACCGUUGGCAAGCUGGUAACGACCAACGUGACUCUCGAUCGCGAGAAUCCAAAGAUCUUGCAGAACGGCGGCAUUUACACCUUCCAAAUCAGAGCCACCGAGCUAAUCAACAAUGAGGUACCAGCUGACACAGCGACGUCGAUUGUCACCAUCGUCGUCACGGACGUGGACGAUCUCGUGCCUGUUUUCAAUGAGGAUUACUUCAGCAUCAAGAUCUCCGAGGACACCGAAAAAGACACUCCUCUACCAGGUCUGAAUAUGAUCGUGAGCGAUGGCGACGUGGGCGACAAUGCAAAGUAUUUCCUGGCGUUGCGAGAUGUACCGAGGUAUACUGGAAUCAGCAAAGCAUUCACUGUCAGUCCCGAAGAGGCUCAGGGUCGAGUACCGGUAGUAAUCAAGGCUAAGGACGUCAAUGUUCUCGACUACGAUGUUGACGACCCCACAAAAAGGGAACUCGAGUUUGAUGUUGUUGCGACUGUAGCGAGCGAAGUGGUGGCAACUUCCAGAGUGCACAUCCAGCUCUUAGACGCCAACGAUCACAGCCCCGAGUUCUCUCAAUCAGUCUACAAACUGUUAGUCUCGGAAGACGCGGAACCAGGCACUCAUUUCGGUGAUGUUUACGCGAAGGAUUACGACAGCGGUUCCUUCGGCGAGUUAACAUACACCCUGCGGGGUUUCGGCACGGACAAGUUCAGGACCGAUCCACAGAUGGGUGGGAUAUUUGUGACGAAAAAAUUGGAUUACGAGACACAAAAGUCCUAUUCUUUGACGAUGGAGGCGAAGGAUGGCGGCGGUCGAGUAUCCGCCGUCAAUAUUCUCAUCGAGCUCGACGAUGUUAACGACAACAAGCCAAAGUUCGAGCAGGCGGAGUAUUCCAGAACAGUUCGCGAGGGUGCUACUAGUUUCGACCCGCAAAUGUUUGUCCGAGCGACCGACGUCGACGGGCCGAUGCAGGGCAACGGAAGAGUCCUGUACUCGAUCAGCCGGCAUAAUAGUAUGACAGACGAAGUCUUCCAGAUUAAUUCAGACACGGGUGAAGUGACUAUAUCGAAACCGGUUCGUUCCGGUGACACCGAAAGGGGCAUUUACGAAUUAAUAAUACAAGCGACGGAUGUCGGAGCACCGCCGUUGCAUUCCGAGGCAAAGUUAUUCGUUCGCGUUGGUGUUCCUGGCAACCAGAAACCCAUUUUCCGAGGAAACUACAAGUCGAACCUACCAGGUCCCAGUACUUAUCGAGCGAGGCUCUUGGAAAACGCGUCUCCUGGAACGGAAGUCAUUCGGGUAGUCGCGAAUGAUCCCGAUGGAAGAGACAACCUGUUGCAAUAUUACAUCGCGUCCGGUUCUAAAGAUAACUUUGUCAUCGAUUCUAGUUCUGGCAUUAUAACUGUGUCACCUGACGCUCGUUUGGAUUUGGAAGCCGGUGGUGAAAAAUAUGAGGUCAUUGUAUACGCCGUUGAUUCCGGUACACCUGUCAAGGAAACUGCCACUACUACUGUGACAGUAAACAUCAUAGAUGUGAAUAAUAAACCACCGACGUUCAACGAAUCGACGUAUCUUGUUUACGUUUCAGAACGUGCAAGUAUUGGUGAUCCCGUGCUAAAAAUGAUGGCUACUGAUCCCGACACGGACGCAAAUUUAAAAUAUUCUCUAGUGGAACCGAUAAGGGCUGUUGAUAAAACCGGCGUGGCCUUGAAGAGCACAAUUUCUUAUGAUUACAAAACGGCAUUUCGUAUAAAUUCCACUACCGGUUUAAUAACCGUUAAUCAUAUGUUAGAUUAUCAAGUGGCUGCCGUUGUGAUUUUAACGGUGCAGGCGCGGGAUCUAAACGCCGUCGUUAAUAAAGACGAACAAGAUGCAAAGGUGGAAGUAACCAUCUACAUUCAAGCUUAUAGCGACGACAAUCCGACCUUCACGAAUCCUGGAUGGUCGCCGAAUAAUCCGACAAUAAAGAUCACAGUUCCGGAGGAACAACCUCUAGGCACGACACUAUUAAUGUUAUCAGCGAAAGAGCCAAUGACCGGAUACCCAGUUCAGAGAUUCGAAUUGGUAAGAGAGGACGAUGACGAAGGUUACGUUAAUGUGGGCGUUCAGAGUGGCAAUGUUGUACUGAGCAAGAGGCUGGAUUACGAAGCAUUAAACCAGAAGUCUAUUCGCUUCAAAGUACGAGCACUCGCUAGAGACUACGAUAUAACGCGAAAGAUGUCGGAGGCCAAUGUGAUCGUCGAGAUUCACGAUACUAAUGACAACAGUCCAGUUUUCGGUCAGAAGGAUUAUAAAAUUUCUGUAUUGGAAUCGGUGAAGCCUUCAAAAAUUGUGCUGAAUGUAAAAGCGAUGGAUUUAGAUAGCUCUAAUACUGAACAGGAAAUUCAAAGAGGAUACGGGGAAGUCAGAUAUUCUUUGACAGGUGAAAAUGCCAAUCUUUUCGAGGUGGAUCCCAUAACGGGUAAUAUCCAGAUCGCCGUGAACACGACUCUCGACAGAGAGAGACAAUCGGUACUGCGUUUUUACGUCGUGGCAUCGGACAUGCCGCAAGGAGGAGCCGAGCAACGAAGUAGUCGAGCCUUGGUAACAAUCGAUGUUCUUGAUGUAAAUGAUAACGCUCCUAGUUUCGAACAGGAAUCAUAUACCGCGGUGAUACCGGAAAAUGCACCGGUGAAAAUCAGCGUAGUGAACAUCACGGCUACCGAUCCGGAUGAAGGCGAAGGCGGCAUGAUUUAUUUCGAAAUUAUCGACGAAGGUGAAGCCAAUGGAUUAUUCAAGAUAAAUCACACGACUGGCGAGAUUUAUUCGGCGCGAGCAUUGACAGGCAAAGGAAGGACCGAACCGUAUAAUAUGCGAGUGCGAGCGCAGGAUGGCGGAGAUCCGGCUCUGUAUUCGGACGUGAAUCUCAUUCUGUACAUCGGUGACGUAGUGAGCAACGACGGCGUGCCGCUGUUUAUCCGACCAACGUUAGAAGAGAUAGCCUACAUCGCGGAAAACUCCACGAUUGGCAGUCCGGUUUUCCAAGUGGUGGCGUCCGAUCCCGACGAUCCCAAUCUACCGAACGGCAGAAUCACCUUCCGCUUUUUGGAAGACGGUAAUUUCGGCAAAGACUCGAGCGCCUUUAAAAUCAACAGCGAUACCGGGCUCAUCAGCACGCGGAAGCUGCUCGAUCGAGAGACCAAAGACAGUUACACGCUUAUCCUGGUCGCUCAAGAUCUCGGCGAGCCACCGCAGCAGGCGACCAGAGUGCUUCAGGUGAUCGUGAAUGACAUCGACGAUCAUAAGCCGCACUUCAAACGCAAUCUUGAUAGUCCGCCGAUUGAGUUAAGCGUUCCAGAAGAGAUGCCGGUGGGUACCAAGGUUGGCGUGAUCGACGCGAUCGAUGAAGAUAUCGGUGAAAACGGAAUGAUCGAUUACGAGAUUGUAUACGGGAACGAGGCAAGACUCUUUGUAGUGGAACGACUGGAGAAUAACUCCGCCGUUAUCAAAUCGAACGGUCGUCUCGAUCGAGAAACCGCUGAGUUUCAUCUAUUAACUGUCAAAUGUUUCAAGUACUCUUCCAAAAAAUUGGACGUAGUGCCGAAACCGUACAACAGACAGGAUCCUUCGGAGAGACAGUUUAUUAUCAAAGUACUAGAUGUCGAUGAUAAUAAACCGCGUUUCAAGAAAGACAACGUGACCUUGGGAGUUCGCUUGAAUGUGCCCAUCGACACGAGUCUAAUUACUCUGGAAGCCUACGACGCUGAUUCCGGUGCAUUGCCCGUCAAUUAUAACAUGAGCAAGGUCUCCUUCACGUCUCUGGUCGAUCCCGCCAUGUCGCAAAAAGAGAUUCCGUCGCAGUUAUCCUUGAACCCGCGCACCGGCGAACUCAGGACGACGGGAUCUAUGGCGGGAUACGCAGACGGCUUCAUGGAGAUGAUCGUGUCAGCCAACAACUCGGUGACGCCAAAACGCGAGACCAACAUCACCGUGCGAAUCUUUCUGCUGCGCGACCGCGACAUGUUGAAGUUCGUGUUCUCGAAGCCACCGGUCGAGGUCAGGAAAACGCUCGAGGACUUCGAAAGAGCGGUCCAGCAAGCUCUUUCGCUACCUAUCAGCGUCAACGUCUACGAUACGCAAUUUUAUUCGAAAGACGACAACUCCUUAGACUUCUCGUCGACCAGCUCGUGCUUCCAGAUGGUCGGCAAGGAGUCUUACGACCUGGACGAGAUGCGAACAUUGCUGACCGAUCCAAAGAACCAAGAAUUAAAGAAGGUAUACAAGGCUUAUCACGUGGAGAAGGUACAGCAUUGCGCCGCUAUAGUGGCACGAGCUGAUGCUUCCAUGACUCAGAUAUGGGUCCUGGCAAUCGCUGUCCUCGUCGGAAUUGCGACCAUAAUCUCCAGCUGCACAUUGUGCUGCAUGCAUUCAAAGUAUAAGCGGCAAGUAAAACACGCACGUUUGCGCGAUCAGCCGCGACCGCCUCUCAGUUACGUGUCUUCCGGGCCUGCCAUGGUCAGUGCUGGGUCUCACACGACUUUGGGCCAGGGUACCAUGGUCACGCUGGGCCCACACGAGGGCCCGUAUGAAUGGGGCGCCGACACAACGCUUUAUCACCCGAGCACACUGGGUUCGAGAACAUGAGAGAUUCGGAGAAAUUUAAAUUACAUCGACUUUUUUCUUAGGCAAAAUUUUUUAAAUUGUUUAUUAAUUUAAAUUUUUUUUUCAUUUUUUAAAAUUAUCCGUUAAUAAAUUUAUUAAUUAAACAAUCAAGUUUUAUAUGCAAGAAACUAAAUACAUGUAAUAGAAAAUUAUUUCAUAAUUAAGUCAACAAUCAAAAUUUUCAUUUGUCGAGAAACAUUAAUUAGGGUACGCUUAUUAAAAUAUCAAAAAAAAGGAAAAUGUAAAAUUUGAAAUUAUAGUAAAAAGUAAGUCAAAAGUUAAAUGUGAAAUUAUUGCUAAGAAAAAAUUGAUUAAAAAUGUUCUUAAAAGAGGUGGUUUUUAAAUUUUUUUGUGAUACAACGUGUAUAUAAUCAUAGUAGCUUUUGGAGAUGAUGAUGAUGAAAGAUAAACUGUUAAAACAAUAUAUAAAUUAUAAAUUAUAUAAAUUAUAAAUUUAAAAUUAGUUGGGCAAACUGUUGAACAAGCAAAUAAAUUGAUGGUGCUAUAUUUAUAAUGUAAAAAGUGAAUGCGACUCAAGAUGCAUGUAACAAAGUAUAUAAUUUGUAAAAUGUGACAAUGUUAUUUUUAUAAGUAAUUUUAAGUAAAACUACUAACCCCGCGAGAUUGUAUAUUUCAUACUCAAGCGUCAUACUUGUGGUGUUAAAAAACCGCGAGCAUUCUCUCUCUGUUGUAAUAUAAUAUCAUAUUUAAGGUAAAAUAAAAUUGUACAUUUUAUCAUA